UGUCGUCUGCUCCGGAUUUCGGCGGGCAUCACGUGACUGCGGACAUUCUCCGGAAGCGUUUCCGCAGGCAGACACGGACAGACGGAUAGGUGAGAUCGCCGAAGUGAUCGCGAAACUGAUCGCGAAAAUAUUUUUGAAUUUGGGGACGUGUACUGAUGGUACCUGAAAUGUACGAAGGCUCGAAGGAGACGGAACGAUGUGGACUUAUAAAUCGGGGCCGCUCACGAAGAAGCGAUUAGAGUUCGCACCAUCACCUCUUCUGUCAAGCGGUGCACGCAGAUCGAAAAGAUGCCACGAAAAAAUCUACCGCCGUCACUUUACCACAUCUGUUUGCACGCGGUGACGGCCCACAUGGACGAUAUUUUUUCCGAGAACGAAAACGCUUUCCAGGGCCUGCCAGCUGCGAUCAACGAGGAUAUUCUUCACAUCCUACAGUCCUUGAAGCCAGCCGCGUCCGCGUUCUACUACAUUUGCUGCAUUCUACGAACAGCGCAACUCCGAAAGGUGAACGUGAGCCUAAUCGACAGCGAUGCUGCGAAGCAUUCUCGCUUGCCCCAAAUCUUGCUGAACAUGAAGCAACAUUUGCUCCAGGAACUUUCCCUCGGAGGAGCCCACUUAGAAGACGACGUUCAGCUUGUGACCGUUAUCUCAGGCUUUUACAAGCUUCGCGUUCUACGUCUGCUCUUACCUAACAUCACGGAUUGUCUUGUCACAGCUAUCGCCAGUUACUGUCUUUGUCUCGAAGAAUUAGUGUUGUAUGGUGAGCGCGUCACAGACGGCAGUGUGCAACUCCUCGUCAGGUGCAGCAAACUCAAGGUCUUGAAACUCGAAAGUGAUCGCAGCUUUCGUCCACAGACUUCCCCUCUGACCUCGUUCAAACUUCUCAGCGAGCUUAAAAACCUUCGGAGAGCGAAGCUUCCUUAUCUCAGCGAAGCGUUGCACUGCUUUUCUGUCGGAACCAAGCUUCUGUUGACGGAAUAUCAGAACACGGACGAUGCAAUACCCACGGAAGAUGGUCUCCUCCACGUCUGUCAGGUGUGCCCGCACUUGAACAAGGUGAACCUCGUUCUCCGAGGGCAUGAAGAUCUGUCUCCGCUUCAGUGGCUCCGUUCCCUCGGCACACUGUCCCUCAAAGUACUGGACAGUCAUUCUGGAGCAUUUUUUCGCGUCCAGAUCCAGCCCCUCUUGUGCGUAAUUGGAAGUAAUUUAACCAGCCUUUCCCUCUGCCUGUCCGUUUUGGAUCUUGGGGUUAUUAGCAGGUUUUGUUCCGGACUUAAAGAAUUGGAAAUAGUGAAUCUCCGUAGGAUCUUCUGGGGUUCCUAUACGCAAGCGAUUUUUCCCGCUUUGAAAAGUUUCAAGUUCUUCCUCGAUGUGGACAACACUGUCACAUCGGACGACCUCUCGCAACUGCUGCGGGGGAGUCGAAACUUGAGAGAACUGAGCCUGGGCUGGUGCCGACUGACUGACGACGCCCUCAAGGCGUUAGUGGAUUGUGGUGCUCUUUUAAGGUUGAGAGUCUUCGAGAUGAGCGAGGUGGAAGACAUCACCUCGGCAGGGCUGAGGCGCCUGGUGGAGGUCGAGAGUGAUCUGACUAUGUUGACAGUGUUUGGGUGCGAUCGUGUGUCCCGGCGCGAUAUAUCUGCUCUCAGGGAUUAUGUGAAUGAGAAAAACUAUGCUUUGACCAUAAAGCACCAUAUGUGAUGUGCUGUGUCUACCUGACCAGUGCCAAGUUCGAUCUGAUAUGUGGAAAGUACUCAAUAGUUUUUACAAUACAUUUGCACAUUCCUGUACAGAAAGCUUCACUAGGAUCGUGCAAUUUUGGCGCUGACUUUCCAGUACCACAGUAUUUCUAAUGUAGCUAUGGAGAGCCAAGCUCACUGUAAUGUGUGUUGAGCUUUUGACGGGUAAUUAGUUGCAUAAUCAUAGUUAAGACCCCUGCAAAAUCUCUUCUUUCUCCAAAAUGCUGCAGUUCUUUUCUUGACUUCUUGUUCCGACGACGCAGUUACAUACAUAGAUACAUACGCAGAUACAUAGGGGGUGGGGUACUGAUUGUGGAACCUAAGAAUGCAGUCUGCCACCAGAGCAAACAUCAAUACCAAUAAAGUCUUGCUUUGAAGCUUU